GGAACAUCCGGUCAAUCCCAAUGGCUCAAACCGGCGACUCCCCGGGACUCGAGACUGAAGACGCGCGAGUCUGUGCACUGACGACCAAGCGACAACAUGGAUGGCGACGCAUCGUCCGCAACUUUACGCCGUCGUGGUUCUCGGUCAAUAUGGGCACUGGCAUAACGUCCAUCCUGCUCAACAACCUACCCUACAACGGACGCUGGCUGCAGUACAUCUCAUAUACCAUUUUCGCCUUGAAUGUUGCUCUGUUCAUCAUCUUCUUGACCAUCUCCAUCUUGAGAUAUACGAUAUAUCCCAAGAUAUGGACAGCGAUGGUGCGCCACCCGGCACAGAGUCUCUUCCUCGGCACCUUCCCGAUGGGCCUGGCAACUAUCAUCAACAUGAUCGUAUUCGUGUGCGUACCGGCCUGGCAGGGGAAUUGGUGGAAGCUGGCAUGGGCAUUGUGGUGGAUUGAUGCUGCAAUCUCCCUCUCAUGCUGUCUGUACCUGCCGUUCGUCCUAAUGUCGCAUCGGAAAGCCACCAUGGAAACCAUGACAGCAGCAUGGCUUCUGCCGAUCGUCUCCACCAUCGUCGCCGCCGCUACAGGAGGCAUCGUGGCCGAAGUCAUUCCCGACCCUCAUCUGGCCCUGAUAACGAUCAUCUUAGCUUAUGUGCUCUGGGGAACCGGUGUGCCUCUGGCCAUGUGUGUGCUCGUCAUCUACUUCCUCCGCCUCACAACGUACAGCCAUCCUCCAAACGCCGCCGUGGUAUCGACCUUCCUGCCUCUUGGACCGCUCGGCCAGGGCGGCUUUGGCAUCAUGCAGCUCGGUAAAGUGGCUAUGCAAGUCUUCCCGCAAACGCACACGAUUCCGUUAGCAAUUCACCCGGGAGAGAUCCUCUACAUCCUGGGAUUCUUCAUGGCACUCAUUAUGUGGGGCUUCGGUCUGGUCUGGCUAACCUUUGCUGUGUCGACGAUAAUUCGCGCAAGGAGUUUCCCUUUCAACAUGGGUUGGUGGGGCUUCACUUUCCCGCUCGGGGUUUACACAGUCUGUACAACGACGUUCGCGAAGGAGAUGCCAUCGGCUUUCUUUCGCGUACUGGGGACGAUCUUCUCUAUUGUGGUAACAUUGUUGUGGAUCGUCGUUGCUUGCGGCACUAUCUACAAGGCGUACGCGGGAGCUCUACUCGUCGCACCUUGUUUGAAGGAAGCUGAGGAGAAAGAGGCAAAGGGACGGGAGAAAGACGUAGAGGGAUAG